AUGCCUUCAUCGCAGUUACUCCCGUCGACGAAUAUCAGUUUACUCCAAGAAUCGUUGUCGAAGCAUGUGAAAUGGGACGAGACCGGAGCAAAACGCAACCAACAGUCCUCAUUAGCUGCUCAUCAAAGCCUUAUGGGAAAAAGAUGGCCAGAACAUUGCAACAAAGUGGAGCCCUGGAGACUCACUCAGCAACAUUCCGUGUGGUCGUCCGGCCUUGAGAAGGUCGUGUAUCAGGGAUGGCUAGAUUACAGGGAAUUGUCGGGAUAUGGGAUGUGA